UCAUUUCUUUCCCCAAAAAAAAAAAAAAACACUAGAAAUCUAGCUAGCUUGAAAUAUUAAGAAAUAUGGCCAUGACAUUGAACAUGCUACCAGAAGAUUGUGUUUCAACAAUUGUAUCUUUAACAUCUCCACCGGAUGCAUGUAGAUUAAUGCUUGCUUCUUCUACGUUGCAUUCGUCUAUUGAAUCCGAUUUAGUUUGGGCACGAUUCUUGCCAUCGGAUCUUUCUCGGAUUCUUGAAAGAUCACAAACUCAAUUAAUCAACUUUUCUUCUAGAAAAGAAUUGUAUUUUCAGCUUUGUGAUUCCAUUCUCAUUGAUGGUGGGCUUAGGAGUUUUUCACUAAACAAAGUUAGUGGGAAAAAAUGUUGUGUUUUAUCAGCAAAGACACUUUCCAUAUCCUUAAGCAAUGAACCAAAUCAUUGGACAUGGACUACCCAUUCUACAUCAAGAUUUUCCAAUGUGAUCGAGCUUAAAUCUGCAUCUAACAUAGAAAUCGAAGGAAGAAUAAACACCAAUGAUUUAUCUCCAAACACGACAUAUGGUUCUUAUCUCAUUAUCAACGUUUCUAAUCGUGCAUUCGGGUUGGAUUCUAUCGCAUGUGAGAUAUCAGUCUCAAAGAACGAAUGCUCAACUAAAAACACGGCUUAUUUAACCCCUCUAGAUAACAAAAAGCAACAAUUUGAAUCAUUGUUUUUUAUGAACCGGAGGAGAAUGAUGGAGAAACGGGUGGUGGUCGAGGGAGAAGGCCGUCGUCCGAGCAAGAGAGAGGAUGGAUGGAUCGAAAUUGAACUUGGUGAAUUCUUUGUUGGAAAUAAAAGUGAAGAGGUUAAAAUGAGUUUAAUGGAAGUUAAGGGUCAUCAACUAAAAGGAGGACUUAUCAUUGAAGGAAUUGAAGUUAGGCCUAAACACUAAAAACAAUUAGUUUACUAAUUAAAUACCAGUAUUCAUAAUCUUUAUUCUUUAAACUUUUAUUCAAAAAAACUUUAUUCUUUAAACUAACUCAAACAUUGUUUGUUAACAAAUUAUAAAAGCAUAUCAAAUAUUGUUGA